AUGUGGCUAUCAAAAGAAGAGUGCACGGAAACUGUCUCGAAGGCGUGGAAAGAGGGGGAGGGGUGUGCGCCACAUCAACGUAUUGCUUUGUGUGCUAAGCAGCUAACUAAGUGGGCUACAAAAUCUUUCGGAGAGUUAAAGAAAAAAAUCAGCAAGUGUGAGGCUGCUCUACAGGAGGCUCAAGGUGCUCAAAUUGACGCAAGGAUGCUGGAUACUUGUGAAAAAUUGGCGGAGGAAAUUAAUGAGCUUCGAAGAAUGGAGGAGUCAUACUGGUACACAAGGUCUCGGGCAAACGAAAUGCGGGAUGGAGAUAAAAAUACGGCUUAUUUUCACAGGAAAGCAAGUCAACGGAAAAAGAAAAACCGCAUAGAUGGUUUGUUCGAUUUGAGUGGGGAGUGGCGCACUGAUGAGGGGCAGAUUAGGAGCAUUAUCUCAGAGUACUUUGGGUCGCUCUUUUCUACAGACAACCCUACUGAUUUUGCAACAGCUCUGGAGGGCGUGGAACGGGUCGUAUCUGAUGAUAUGAACAAUGUGAUGUGUUCGGUGCCAAGUUCGGAGGAAAUAAAAAAUGCUCUUUUUCAAAUGCACCCUAACAAAGCCCCAGGAACAGAUGGCCCCGAUAUUGUUACUUUGGUGAAAAAUUGGUGGAAGGGUUUAGUUGAUAUUUCAGAUAUUAAUAAGACUUGCAUUGUGUUAAUUCCUAAAUGUAAUGACCCGAAUGCUUUUAUUCCGAGAAGGUUGAUAACUGACAAUGCCAUGAUUGUUUUUGAGAUUUUUCACUCAAUGAAGCGGGGAGGUGAAGGGAGAGAUGGAACUGUGGCCCUAAAAUUGGACAUGAGCAAGGCGUACGAUAGAGUGGAGUGGAGUUUUCUAAAGAUGGUUAUGUGUAAGAUGGGUUUUUCGGAGUUGUGGAUCCGUCGGGUUAUGGAGUGUAUUUCCAGUGUGUCUUUCCCUUUUAAGGUGAAUGAUGAGAUUUUUGGUUCGGUGGCUCCAUCUCGAGGUCUUCGACAAGGGGAUCCGAUUUCUCCUUAUUUAUUUCUAUUAUGUGCGGAUGCUUUUUCUUGUCUACUUUCAAAGGCCGCUCAUGAGAAGAAAUUGAGAGGGGCGAGAAUAUGCAAAGCUGCUCCUAGGGUGUCUCACUUGUUUUUCGCCGAUGAUAGUAUUUUGUUUGCAAAAGCUACUCUGCAGGAAUGCUCGAAAAUUGCUGAUAUAACCAGGGUGUAUGAAAGAGCAUCUGGCCAGAAAGUCAAUUUAGACAAAACAGAAGUUGCUUUUAGUAAGUGUGUUUCCAUCGAAAGAAGACAAGAGAUUGUUGAUACUUUAGGGGUUCGCGAAGUAGACAGACAUGAGAAGUACUUGGGGUUGCCGACGAUCAUAGGGAAGUCCAAAAAGGCCAUCUUUGCUUUCUUGAAAGAGAGGAAUUGGAAGAAAUUAAGCAGUUGGAAGGAAAAAUUGUUGUCAAGACAGGGUAAGGAGGUGUUGAUCAAAGCGGUAGCUCAAGCAAUUCCGACUUACAUUAUGAGUAUGUUCAAGAUCCCGGAGGGCCUUAUUGAUGAAAUUCACAAGUUAUUGUGUAGAUUUUGGUGGGGGUCGACGGUGGACCAGAGGAAAAUGCAUUGGAAAAGUUGGGAGAGAUUAUGCUUACCGAAGGCAAAAGGGGGAUUGGGAUUUCGGGAUCUAAAAUGUUUCAAUCAAGCUUUGUUAGCUAAACAGAGAAGCAUUUGGGGUGCUAAGGGUCUGCUAAGGGAUGACAUGGUGUGGAGGGUGGGUAACGGAAUAGACAUUAAAGUUUGGUCGGAUGCAUGGCUAGUUAAGGAUGGGCGACCUUCUGUUCUACUUCGACCUGCUGGGGUUGAUGAUGGUAUGCUGGUUAGGGAUCUUAUGGUUGAUGGGGCUUUAUGUUGGGAUGCUGCUAAGGUGCGUGAACUGCUUGAUGAUGAGAGUGCAGCUGCUGUUCUUUCUACCCCAUUACCCCAGCAUAAUAAGGCAAACUGUAGGUACUGGAGCUACACAAAGAAUGGGAUUUUCUCGGUAAAGACAACAUAUUGGUUAGCAAGGAGUGUGGGCAAUGAGGUUGUUGUUAGCAGCCACGCAGAGGAGCUAUGGUCUUCAGUGUGGAAAAUGAGCGGGCCACCAAAGCUUAAGCACUUUAUAUGGAGUGCUGUGAAGGGUAACUUAGCAGUUAUGGACAGGUUGGUGGGGCGUCACGUGCGCGAGGAUGCCUCCUGCCAGGUCUGUGGUGAUCAGAGGGAAACAAUAAUCCAUUCCCUUUUUCAUUGCACUGCUGCGUCGGAAAUUUGGUCUCACAGUGGCUUGGCUGAUCAACUCGUGGAUGCUCCAACUGAUUCUUUCUUGGCACGUUGGAGCUGGCUGCAGGGUAAGGUGGAUGGGCAGGCUUUGAAAUGCAUGGCAACCCUCAUGUGGGCAGCAUGGAGGUGUAGGAACCUGAUCGUUUUCGAGAAUGAAACACCUAAUUUUGUUCUUCUAGCUGCUGGGUUUUGCAAGUUGGUGAGUGAUUAUGAUGAAUAUGCAAAGAAAGUGUUCUUGCCUAUACCUCAGCCAAGUGUUGGUAGCAGCAUGAGAUGUGGCUAUGCUGGUCUUGGAGUAGUGUUCCGAGAUGAAAAUGGUGGCCUCCUUUUGACAACAACAAAAAGAACUGAACUCUCUUCCCCGGAAUGCAUUGAAGCUCAGGCUGUGAGGUAUGCUCUUACCCUUGCUCGAAGGUUUGGUCACAGAAAUGUAUGGGUGGAAUCUGAUGCAAUAAAUGUGAUCAAGGCAAUUGUUUCAAGAGCUUCGGGAUUUUCCCCAAUACACAUCGUCUAUGAUGAUAUUAUGUUAGAUAGAGCUUGGUUUAAUGUUUGUUUGUUUUCUCAUGCGAAGAGAAGUUGUAAUACCGUAGCCCACUUGGUUGCAAGGGGUGAUACGGGUGACAGUUUGGAGGUUGUUCGUUUUAGUGCUUUUCCCCAAAGCAUUAUUACUCUGGCGGAAUUGGACCUCUCUUCGUAA